CCUGUGCCAAGUCUGGAGCUAUUGUUUAUAUUAUGGUGCAAUAUCUUCCUCUGGAGUUGACAGCAGAGGCCUGAGUGCUUCUCGACUCCUCGUCAUCUCUCCUCUUCUCGCUGCUAUUGGCCCAGCUGCCUGUCUUCACGUCUGCCUCUCCGGUGCCUCAUCGGCGACCCAGCGACAUGGACAAGCUGUCCAACCAGACCAAAAACCUCAUGAAGCUCACGCAAGAACUGCUGAGGGAGCAUGCCUUCGACUCUGACGUGGAGCCUCACAGGUUCAGAACCCUGCCAGAAAUGAGCAACAGAUCUGCCAAUGAUCUCAACAACCUUGAGCUGAAGCCCACACUCUCUCAACUCCAUGCAGACCUGAAGCUGUACGAGCACCACUUUGAGUGGCUCAACAGGGUGUCCAAGAAGCACCAUCAUCCCGCCUUGCCCAAGCUGGCAGAGGUGAUCAAGGAAAUGAAGUCGCUCAUCAAUCUUCUGCACCGUCAGAUGCAGAGAGUUGAUGCACCGAAACUGACCCCCGCCACCCCCUCCCUGCCCCCGCACCUCCCUUACCAGUUUGAUGUUCUGCAGUCCAGCCAGGAGCUCCUCCACCACUUCAAGCUUUUCUGCGAUUGGGCAUACAGAGCAUUUAUCAGCCUCAAGCCCAAAGUUUCCACAACCCAAUGAGAAUUUUUCAUAGCGAGAAUGCACAGAGUCCCACCUCGGGCAACAAUGGGGAAUGGGGACCUUGCCCGUGUGCAUUGUAGUCAAAGGCAUCCAAAAAGGCCCCAAUAAUCAACUAAUGGCAUGUGCAGAGAUUCGGGACUUUCCACCAGAGCCAAAGAGGAUUCGUUAUAAUGCAACUACAAUAACCAUCUGCCAGUGUAACUACGGUGAUCAUUACUUCUUGAACUAUUUCCGAGUUCAUGACCAUGUUAUUUAUGUAUUUAUUUAUUUAUUGACUGUUAGUAAUUUAUUUAAUGUUAUUUAUUUGAAGUCGUCACGUGUCACUUCGCAUCUUCGUUUCUUUAUUGACGUGAAUUUAUUUGACCACAUACUUACUGAUUUCUUGUGUCUCACUGAUCUCCAAGGUAGCACUUCCUGAUCAUUUUCUUUCAACUAAUUAGUUCCUACUUGUGUAUUUUUGCUCAUCGGCCUUUAUUCCAGUAGAUGUGGCCUGGAUUUGAGAUAGUCAAGGUUUUUUCGCACGGCAGCGUGGAAACACUUUUUAAAAAAUAAAUCAAUGAAAACAAAAAUCUGACAUGCCAGUUAAAUCAUGUCAAGCAAUCUGUAAGAGUCAAAAUGGAGGUCGAAGACGAGUGAAUGCUUUUUAGUACCAGAGUCAGAGUAUCUAUUUUUGUAAUGCCUGUUUCUCACGCUUUGCAUGAGGAGACAUCUCUAUUGUGGUAAAGUUGUUUGAGUGGGCCCUUUUGAUGAGCACUGAUGGACCUGAUUAG